AUGUGUAUGUUUAUUGGCCACCCUGUCAACGUUAUUGGCCACCCUGUCAACGGUAUUGGCCACCCUGUCAAAGUUAUUGGCCACCCUGUCAACGGUAUUGGCCACCCUGUCAAAGUUAUUGGCCACCCUGUCAACGGUAUUGGCCACCCUGUCAAAGUUAUUGGCCACCCUGUCAACGUUAUUGGCCACCCUGUCAACGGUAUUGGCCACCCUGUCAAAGUUAUUGGCCACCCUGUCAACGGUAUUGGCCACCCUGUCAACGUUAUUGGCCACCCUGUCAACGGUAUUGGCCACCCUGUCAAAGUUAUUGGCCACCCUGUCAACGGUAUUGGCCACCCUGUCAACGGUAUUGGCCACCCUGUCAACGGUAUUGGCCACCCUGUCCACGAGUAUUCUCUGAUGAUCAUCACUCAUCACUCCACAUUACACAUUACAGAGUAUUCUCUGAUGAUCAUCACUCAUCACUCCACAUUACACAUGACAGAGUAUUCUCUGAUGAUCACCACUCAUCACUCCACAUUACACAUUACAGAGUAUUCUCUGAUGAUCACCACUCAUUACUCCACAUUACACAUGACAGAGUAUUCUCUGAUGAUCACCACUCAUUACUCCACAUUACACAUGACAAUGUAUUCUCUGAUGAUCACCACUCAUCACUCCACAUUACACAUGACAGAGUAUUCUCUGAUGAUCACCACUCAUCACUCCACAUUACACAUGACAAAGUAUUCUCUGAUGAUCAUCACUCAUUACUCCACAUUACACAUGACAAAGUAUUCUGUGAUGAUCACCACUCAUCACUCCACAUUACACAUGACAGAGUAUUCUCUGGUUACCGUUACUCAUUACUUCACAUUACACAUGACAAAGUAUUCUCUGAUGAUCACCACUUAUUACUCCACAUACACAUGUCAGAUUAUUCUCUGA